AUGGAGGAGGAGGGGAUGCUCAAGGCCCUGCUCCAGGGGCAGUCGCAGACUCGAGGGCUGCGCCGGUGCGGGGUUGAUCAUGUGCAGGGACUGCAAAGCCAGCCGCAAGUGUUUUCUGCAAACCUAGCCUUCGAAGUGGUGUUUUUGUGCAAUUUACUCAAGGAUGUGUUCGUGUCCCUAUGGCAGUUCAUCGGCAAGGUACACACGGAGUACACCAUUGACAGAGCAUUUGAUUCGUUUUCCGAGGGGCUAUUCCCGUACGGGCCUAUCUGGGAGCACAACCUUGGGUUCUGGAAGAAAAGCAUAGCAGCGAGCCACAAAGUUAUUCUCUUGAAGUAUGAGGAGAUGAUGGCCGAACCAGUCAAGCACGUCAAGAUGCUCGCCAAGUUCCUCGGUGUUCCCUUCACCGAGGAGGAGGUGAGAUGUGGGGUUGUAGAGGGUGUAGUGCAGCUGUGUAGCUUCAAUAAGCUCAGGAGCUUACCGGUCAACUCAUCAAGAGUAACUGAUAGGAUUGGUGGGGUGCCAAUGGAGAACGCUUCCUACUUUAGAACUGGGAAGGUUGGUGACUGGGCAAACCACUUGACGGAAGAGAUGUCAAAGAAGCUGGAUGCCAUUGUUGAGGAGAAGCUGAGAGGAUCAGGUAUCACAUUUUGA